GGAAAUACCUCUCGGUCGUCAUCGAAAGUAGCGCAUGUUGAUAUUCCGGAAAGAGCUGAUUGAGUUGUAGAGGGAUGGCGUUAGCUUGUCAGCGGGACAGUUACCUUACUCAGCUGACGUCAGUGGUCAAGUCAUGCAAGCCGGCACAGCUGACAGUGGUAAAUGGUGGGAAGAAGGAGAAGCUGUCAGGCUUUGAUGUGGUCCUGGAGGACACGAUCCUCUUCCCUGAAGGAGGGGGACAGCCUGAUGACCGGGGAGCUAUCAAUGGUAAGAAUGUGUUGAGGAUCACUCGUAGUGGUGCAGAUGCAGUCCACUUUGUCACAGAGGAAAUACCCCCAGAAACCCAGGUGGAUCUACAGAUUGAUUGGAAAAGAAGAUUUGACCAUAUGCAGCAACAUUCAGGGCAGCAUCUGGUAACAGCUGUAGCAGAUUCCAUGUUCGGCUACAAGACUACUUCAUGGAAUCUGGGAGAAAAGGUGUCGUUUAUAGAGCUGGAAACCCCCCAGAUGAAGGCAGACGAACUGGUGACGCUGGAGGAGACAGUCAACACAAAGAUCCGGGACGCGGUCCCCAUGACACCCAAGCUGUAUGAGAACAAGGAUGAUCCUGAGCUAGCUCUAGUUCGAGCUCGUGGCCUCCCAGAUGACCAUGUGGGCCCUGUGAGAGUUGUUACAAUCGAAGGCAUCGACUCCAACAUGUGCUGUGGUACCCAUGUCUCCAACAUGGCACAUUUACAGGCAAUAAAACUGUUGUACACUGAGAAGGGAAAGAAGGGGAAAACCAACUUGUUCUUUGUAGCUGGUGACCGAGUCCUGUCCUACCUGGGCCGGUGUUGUGCUGUAGAGAAAACUCUCACUGGUGUACUCAAAGGUCCUUUAGACCAACACGUUGAUCUGGCAGAUAAAGCUGUGAAGGGCUGGAAGGCUGUCCAGAAGACAUCCACUGGCUUGUUGAAGGAGGUUGCUGUAUUGGAGGCUCAGGCUUUCAAGUCAAAAGUAGAGAAGGAAACUGUGUUUGUGACUCACAGGAAGGAGGGUGAUGGUGACUAUAUGAACAUAUUGGUUGGGGAGCUGCAGGCUGUCGAGGGUUUAAGCUGCCUUGUGACUGUAGGGGAUGAGAAGGGGGCUGGACUGUUUGUGUUCGCUGGACCAGAGGCUGUAGUCAAACACAUGGGGCCAAAAAUCUGUGAUCUGUUGGAGGGAAAGGGUGCUUUGAAUGGUGGCCGGUAUCGGGGCAAGGCCAACAAGAUGGCUAAUCGCAGCAAGGCCGAGGCGGCAUUGCGGGAAUACUUUCAGCAAACUAAACCUGAGUGCUGAUCAUGUGUUCACCAAGAAUUUCAUCACCUGUUGCCAGUGAGAGUAAGAAGAUAUUGUUAUAAAUAUGAUAUGAUUGAUAAAAUUGUACAGUUUCAACACAUCUGAAUCACCUAAUCAGUGAACUUGUACAAUGGUCCCUUUGAUUGCAUUACUUAAGGAUAUUCAAGAUUUAAUCUUGUACUACAUCUUCGUUGGAGAUUGUGUUGUUAAGGAAUGAAAAUAGUAUUCUUAUGUUUGUUUGUUUUGAUUUUAGAUGUGAUUAAUUUAAUAAUUUCUUCUUCUUGUGUUGUUAAGGAUUGAAAAUAGUAUUCUUAUGUUUGUUUGUUUUGAUUUUAGAUGUGAUUUAUUAAAUAAUUUCUUCUUCUUGUGUUGUUAAGGAAUGAAAAUAGUAUUCUUAUGUUUGUUUGUUUUUAUUUUAGAUGUGAUUAAUUUAAUAAUUUCUUCAAAACAAAUAAUAAUGUUUGACAUAUUGAUAAAAGUUACUGUCAUCACAAUAUAAUGUUUCAUAAGUGUGUAAAUAAAGCUCAAUAAAUAUUAUUUGAUUCUCA